AUGAAGUUCUUCGGGAAGAAGUCUACCAAGAAACCCCACCCCAACGACCACGACGACUACGUCUUGGACGCAGACUACUUUCAUUCCGAGUCAUCCUCGCCCACAAAGUCACCGUCCAAGUCCGCCUCGUCGUCGCCCAGCAAAAGGUCAGCCCGACCCGCUUCGCCGGCGACGCCAACCAGUCCCUCGGGAGGCGAGGCAAAGCACCGCUCCAGCAGCUCCCGGCACUUUUCUAGAGCCUCGUCCGACCUCGGCAAAUCUUCUUCUUCUCGAAAGAAGAAGGCCGACACCAACACACAUCCUCUCAAUCUCCCACCAGACGAGAUCAAGAGGCUCUCGAGGCUGUCAGCCAUGAGUGCACGCGAGUCGGUCGACAGGAUGGACGUCGAUCCGCCCAGCAGCGCAGCGACCCCGUCGUCUCCUCCACGGCAGGAGUCGCCGCCUGCAGCAGAGCAGACCGGCGAGCAGACCCCUCCUGCCACCAAUGGGUCGUCUUCUCCCAAGAAAGAGGACGCACCUGCUCCUCCCCCGCACACGAGCGAUCCCAACAGCCCCCCGCCGACCCCCGCCGACGAGGCUGAGGUCUUCAAGAAUCUGGGCAACAAGUUCUUCAAGGAAAGAAACUACAGGCGGGCCAUUGAGGAGUACUCCAAAGCCGUCGACCUGCAACCGGACUCAGCCACGUACCUGGGCAAUCGGGCUGCCGCGUACAUGGCCGAUGGUAGAUUUGAAUCUGCCCUUGAGGACUGCAAGCGGGCGGUCGACCUGGACUCCACCAACCCUAAGAUCUUGCUCCGUCUGGCCCGGAUCUACACCAACUUGGGACAACCAGACGAAGCAAUGGUUACCUUCCAGCGCAUCAGGCCCCCUCCUUCCGCCAAAGACAUGGCACAGGCAAAGGAGAUGUUGCAAUAUAUACAAUCCGCUCAGCAAGGGUUAGAAGAGGGCAGGGGACCGUCCCUGGUGCUGCACGCUCUCGAUAUGGCCGAGAGGCUACUUGGACCUGGGGCUCGGAAGCCGCGCAAGUGGCAGCUGAUGCGGGGAGAGGCUUACCUUAAAAUGGGUGGUGUCAACUCUCUCGGGGAAGCCCAGAAUGUUGCCACUAAUUUGUUGAGGAACAACAGCCAGGAUCCCGAGGCCCUGGUCCUGCGAGCUCGUGGGCUCUAUGGGCAAGGCGAGAACGACAAGGCCAUCAAAGUCCUCCAAAUGGCCAUCAGCUGUGACCCUGACUUCCGGGACGCCAUCAAAUGGCUCAAGAUCGUCAGGAAUCUGCACAAGACGAAAGAGGAAGGAAAUGCCGCGUACAAGUCCCGUCAAUGGCAGGCUGCCAUCGACAAGUACACAGUGGCUCUUGACGUGGACCCUGCAAACAAGGCCACGAACGCCAAGAUCCUGCAGAACCGCGCCCUCUGCUACCAACAGCUCAAGCAGUACGAUGAGGCAAUCGCAGACUGCGACAAGGCUCUGAGUCUGGACCCCAGCUACACCAAGGCCCGUAAGACCAAGGCGAAUGCCCUUGGUGGCGCCGAGAAAUGGGAAGACGCGGUGCGAGAGUGGAAGGCUCUUGCGGAGGCUGAUCCAUCAGACGCUUCCAUUCAAAAGGAGGCACGAAAGGCUGAAAUCGAGCUCAAGAAGAGCCAACGCAAGGAUCACUACAAGAUCCUGGGCGUGUCUAAGGAUGCUGACGACAACCAAAUUAAGAAGGCCUACCGAAAAUUGGCCAUCCAGUACCACCCCGACAAAAACCCUGGCAACGAAGAGGCCGAGGCGAAGUUCAAGGACAUCAGCGAAGCAUACGAGACCUUGAGCGAUCCUCAAAAGCGAGCUCGGUACGACGCUGGUGACGACCUGGACAUGUCCGACAUGUUCGGCGGCGGUGGCGGUGGCGGCAUGGGCAUCGACCCUGAUAUCCUCUUCAGCAUGAUGGGCCAGCAAGGUGGCUUCGGUGGCGGCGGUGGAGGGUUCGGUGGUGGUGGAUUCCCCCGGAGGCGGCGGCUUCCACUUUGCUAA